CCCUGCUGGUCCCGGCUCUGUCACCUCACAGUAGUCGUUGCGGGCGGGGGGCGCGAGCGGUGUGGGGCCGCGGGCAAAGCAGGGCCGCCUCUCCCCUGCCCUUCAGGCCGGCCCGGGCUCGGUCCCCCCACGCGCCUUCCGCUCCCCACUCGGGUUGGGUACGGGAAGAUCCUAGCCGCUGCCGGGUGCCAGAGGGACUUCGUGGCCGCUGCCGCCACGGGUCCCGAUGGAGCCGCCGAAUCUCUAUCCGGUGAAGCUGUACGUGUACGACCUGUCCAAGGGCCUAGCCCGGCGGCUCAGCCCCAUCAUGCUGGGGAAACAACUGGAAGGCAUCUGGCACACCUCCAUAGUUGUACACAAGGAUGAGUUCUUCUUCGGCAGUGGUGGGAUCUCCAGCUGUCCCCCGGGAGGGACAUUGCUUGGGCCCCCAGACUCUGUGGUUGAUGUGGGGAGCACAGAAGUCACAGAAGAAAUCUUUCUGGAGUACCUGUCCUCCCUGGGGGAGUCUCAGUUCCGAGGUGAGGCCUACAACCUCUUUGAACACAACUGUAACACCUUCAGCAACGAAGUGGCACAGUUCCUGACGGGGCGGAAGAUCCCUUCUUACAUCACUGACCUGCCCUCUGAAGUUCUCUCCACCCCCUUCGGACAGGCCCUGCGGCCCCUCCUGGAUUCCAUCCAGAUCCAGCCUCCUGGAGGGAGCACCGUGGGCCGACCCAAUGGCCAGAGCUAACAGGACUGCAUGGGACCGCCCUGCCUCACCAGGGCUUUUCCUUUUUAAACAAAACAAACCCUACCAGAUUUCUAUUUUAUAAUUUUACAUCAGAGCUAACAACCAGGGGACAGCUUUUUAAAUUUCCCAGGGAAGGAGAUCAUCAGGCUGCAUGUAGGACAAUGCUGCUAAGAAACAGAACACAACGCCACCCCUUCUAAUAGUAUUAUACUAAUUUAUUAAGGCUGUCUUGUCUGUGCGUUCACUUGUGACGCUGGUUCCUAAGCGUCCUCCACGCUCGAGAAAGGGGGGGAGGUGUUUAAGCAGAAAGCAGGAAGCACAGUUUGGGGGAGCCCCAACCUAGAACCUCUUUCCAGAGAAUGCCCAUGCUCCACCCAGGUUGCCACCACCUGUGGAACCCAGGAGAGUUUUACAACAGCCAUGACCUGCAAGCAGUUCCUCUCUAGUUUAAACGAACCAAAGGAGUUGGUGCACGUGGGACCAGUUUCGGGAUGACUCACCCAACCCAAGUGAACUAAGUCCGUGAGACCAGAGCUGGAGCAGGCAGAAGCCGCAGGUUGGAGGGAGAGUGACAGCAAGUGUCAGUCAGAGAAACCAGGAUAAAGCCAUUCCUCCUGCCUCCUACACUGAUUGCCAAUCUCUGACAUCACUUUUGGAGAACCUGCCUCGCUGCCUACAGGCUGCUCUUCCUCAGCAUAGCUGGCCUGUCGUAAUUAAUGAAGGUCUGGGCUGGAGCGGCAAAGACCCAGGCCUUUUGUCUGCAAGUAAUAAUGUAGGUUAUUGUAGUCACUGUACCCACCCCACCCAGACCAACCUGCAGUAUUCAGCUGGGGACCAAGGGAAAAUGUCCCGGAUUAGAAGGAAUAAUAAAUGCACAAUCAAGGUGGCAAGAAACUUAGAGUUGUUUCUGAUAGGAAUUUGUACGGCAUCCUGAAAGUGUUUUGAAGAUACAUGUUUUGUUGUCGUUCUGACUUUAAGGAAGCGUCAGGGAUGGGGGGUACAUGGCCGUUUCCUUGUGAGCUGCUGCUGAGAGCUUACAGGCAGGGAACAAUCUGGAAGUUUCUUACCUAGAGAAGAUUUUAGAUUCCCUUUCUUCACUGAGCCUCCCCUUAAGUUAGCUUUUGGGGAAGUGAGGGUGGAGAGAGGACUCAGCUACCAGGUACCUGAGGCCCAGCUCUGGCAUUCUUGGGCCCCUCUUGCCACUCCUGCCACUUCUCAGACUUAAAUUAUGUUGUGUUUCCUGGGGUCCAGCUUGCGGCAGGUGCCUUUUCUCUCCAAAAGCUGCUGCUCACCUCUGGCCUCCUCUCCUCCUGUGUGUGCCAUCUGCCAGAGCAGUUGGCAUCGUCUGGGUCUCAGCUAAAGGAAAAAUGUUACUCUGCCUUAGUGUCUGCCUCUGACCUGACCAGCUGCGAUGUCAAGUGACAUUUUGGAACUUUUUAGAUCGGAGACCAAGCCAAUGAGCAGUUUAAUUCUUCUCGAGACCCACUCAUUUGCCAGAAUGCAUGGCAGUGAUACACGAGAGCAGAAACUGGCGGGGACGCUCACUUAAUGUUCACCGACUGGCAGAAUGGACCAUGGAGAAUGGGUUUCUCCCAGGAAGGCCGCAUGUUGGUCCAGGCUUUGCUUCCCACCUGAGUCUCUCCGUUUCCAGCUUGCCUUGUCCAGCCCUCUCUCUGCCAGGCUCUUGCUCCAGACACCUCCACACAGCUCUAGCCAAAAGGCGCUGAGCAUCACAGGCUCCUCCUCUCUCCCCCCCAUCUCCAGGCCUAACUGGUUUCGCUCCUACCAGCAGCCACCUCCAGACCCAGCGCUGUACUGAAAAAUGGCUCCCCUAAGAGACUGAGUCACUUGGUUCAUUGAAAGUCCCCUUCAUGCCCAGCAGCCAUUUGUGCCAAUGCCUGCACCCCAGGGAGAGACAGAGGUCAGUGAGCCAUCUUCUCAGAGCCCUGCAGGAAAGCAGGCUCUCACCCCUUCCCCCACCCAAGUCCCACUGGCACUAACUCGGAAGCCCAGGCUCCGGCUCAGCCCCCCAGCCCAUCCGCACAUUUCUCUGUCUCCCAGCACCUCAGGAGCGUGUCCAUUGUACCCAGCUAGCUCCACGUGGGCGUGCAUGGGUGACAAGUGAGCCAUGUGUGAUCAUAGAGCACAGCGAACACCUCUGUAGAGGUCCGCUGGUUCAGAGGGACACAGAGGAAGGAGGGAUGAGACUGGCACCCCUCCCAGAAAUAAAGCUUGUACCUUUGAGAUUUCUUUUUGCCCUUGAAGUAAACUAAUAACUGUGUUUAGUGCGGAGGUGUUUGCUGGUUUUCUUUGAUGUUUUUUCUAAUGCAAUAAACUCACUCUGCCUGCUG